UAUGCUAUAGUUUACUUUUUUUUGUGAGAACGUCAUGUUUGUUAAGCUUAAACUUAUAUGACGAUUUUCGUUAUCAACAUAUUUCCAGGUUAUGGUAGUUUACGAUAAAUUCUAAAUUUACGCAACUAUAUAUAUGCAAACUCCCUUGAACAUGUUUAAAAACUAUUCCAAAUAUUAUACCGAAUUUGAGCGCCCACCGUUUGCACCAACAUUCUAUCCAACGGAGGAGGAAUUCGCCGAUCCAAUCGCAUAUGUGGCAAAAAUUAAACCUGAAGCAGAGAAGUAUGGUGUGAUAAAAGUUAAACCUCCUCCUUCUUUUCGACCACCUUUCGCCAUCGAUAGUGAGAAAUUCAACUUUACACCACGCAUUCAAAAGCUGAACCAAAUUGAUGCAUUAACACGGGCAAGACUGAUAUUCGAUGCACAGUUGGCCAGUUAUUGGCAUAUGCAGGGGCAUACACUUGAAGUUCCAAAUAUUGAUAAUAAAUAUGUUGAUUUUUAUGAUCUUUAUAAGGCUGUAAUGGAAGCCGGAGGGGUUGAUACUAUAAACGCUCAGAAGCGAUGGGGCUAUAUUACAAAAAAACUCGGAUUCAAGCAACAACGUGCCAAUAAAAUUAAAACUCUUUACUUCAAAUGGAUUGACGUUUUUCACAAGCUUUUUAAUCAGAAUAGAGAUGAUGAAGAAAAAAAUGACAGUUGCAGCAGCACAGCGAAUGGUAUCGAAACUGCACAAGUAGAGUAUAGAAGACGAAUCCCUCAACCUAGAACAAAAUCUAUGGCUGGACUUCGUUUUCAUGCGAAGGAGAGGAAAACGAGAACAUCAGAUCCAAUGGAUGAAGUCGUAUGUAAGAAAUGUGGCAAGGGUGAUGACGAGGAGCAUUUAUUGCUGUGCGAGGAUUGCGAUUAUGCAUUACACACUUACUGCUGUUCACCGGCACUGCCGAGUGUCCCACAGUUUGAAUGGCGUUGCCGUCGAUGCUUGCUGGCUUCAGUCAAUGAGAUUGCAGAAAGUUAUGCAUUUCACGAUGCACAUACCAGCUAUAACUUGCUUACGUUCGCUAAAUAUGCAAAUGACUGGAAGCAAAACCAUUUUCAUAAAAGUCCGCUGGAAGUACCUUCUGAAGAAGUGGAGCAAGAAUUCUGGAAAGAUGUAAUUGAUCUCGAAAAUACCGUAGUUGUAAAAUAUGGUGCAGAUCUUGUGGUCACUAAGGUCGGUAGCGGUUUUCCAAUGAAUGGGCUUGAUUUCGGCGGAAAAAUGGAUCACAAGGAACGUCAAUAUUAUGCGAAUCAUCCGUGGAACCUAAACAAUCUACCGAUAUUGAAGGAUUCUGUUCUGAGCUACAUGGAAACCGGAAUAUCCGGUAUGAUGGUACCAUGGGUUUAUGUGGGUAUGUGUUUGAGCGCUUUUUGCUGGCACACGGAGGAUCAUUGGACCUAUAGCGUCAACUAUUUGCAUUGGGGUGAGCGUAAGAUCUGGUAUGGUGUUUCUGGCGAUGAGGGCGAGAAAUUCGACAAAGUCAUGAUGGAGCUUGUUCCGUAUUUAUUUGAACGUCAACCGGAUGUUCUGCAUCACAUGACAACAACAAUGAAUCCAAAAAUUCUUAUAAACAAAGGUAUUCACGUUUAUACAGUUCAUCAGGAGCCAGGCGAAUUUGUGAUAACAUUUCCACGUUCCUAUCAUGCUGGAUACAACGAGGGAUUGAAUUUUGCAGAAGCUGUGAAUUUUGCACCUGCAGAUUGGCUGCGCAAAGGUCGUUUUUGUAUCUUGGAGUAUGCUCGUGUUCAUCGUAAUUGUGUUUUUUCACACGAGGAACUGAUGGUAAAAAUGGCGAAGUGUGCUACUAAGCUGAGUGUAAACGUUGGUGUAGCUGUACAUGAAGAGCUGUAUGAAAUUAUUGUACGAGAAAAACAUCUUCGGGAUAUUGUUACUAAGAGAGGCGUCACUCAAUCAGCACGUGUUGAAUAUGAGCAUAUUCCUGAUGAUUUUCGCUCUUGUGCUGUUUGCAAGACAACGCUAUUCAUGUCAUCACUUAUCUGCAAACACAAAAGACUUGUAUGUUUGAAGCACGCCGAUCGUAUCUGUUCAUCGUGCCGGGCAGCAGACCUUACUUUCAAUUACCGUUAUACUGCGCAAGAACUGAAUUACAUGUACAACAUGUUGUCAUAUGGGAUCUGUGACUAUUCUACCUGGAGGUCCAAACUUUUGUCAGCAAUCAGUACAAAAAAUGAUGGUGUUAAGCCCACACUAGACGACUUACGUAUUUUGGUUAGUGUUUCGAAAGCGCGGCGCUUCCCGCAAUGCGAUGCUACUGAUGAAGCCAUGAAUAUCAUAAAACGUUCGGAGAACAUCAUGCAGAGUGCACGUGCACUGAUGAGUCGUCGGAUACGUACUAGGAACAACUUACGGAAGCAUGCAAAUGAAUGUCCAGCCGAUAUUAGAGAUAUCGAGAAACUAGAACAAUCGAUUGAGGAAUUGCCGUGCACUAUACUUAAUUUGGAAUUCAUCGUUAAGAAUUAUAUGAAGCGUCUUGAAGAUUGGCGUAAGCGCUGUUCACAGUUUUUGAUAAGUGCGGUAGAUUACACUGACAAAUACAAUCAUUACAUCGAUUUGGUGAACAAACUGAUUGAAGAAGCUGAUGAUUUCAAUGUUAAUCUAACGGAGAUCGAUGAUUUGGAGAGGAUGUUAGAUAAGUGCCAUUGGCUACAAUGUGCACAUAGAAUAUUGACUUGGGCACCGGGAAAUAAAUCGGAUGGUAAAUCGGGAAACCAAAAUACUGUUGGACCUGAUCAGGCAAAAGGAAGAUGGAAACUUCGAGAGAUGAUGGAAUUAAUCGAAAAGGGACGAUCCAUCGCGGAUGACGAUGUCAAAUUUCAAACUGAAGUUGAUGCUUUGAAUGUGAUGUUGAAAAUUGGUCACCAAAAUGAAUAUGUAGUGCAAGCUUUUUUACGAGAUAAAAGGAACGAAGGGAUUGGAGUGGAAGAGGCUGAGAAAAUGCGAGCGGCUUUGGAAGUCUCCGAAUGGAUGACAGAAGAAUGCAUCGAUAAAUUUAGAAAUGAAUAUAAGUUCGCUCGAAAUGUUUAUGACACUGCUCGACGUUUGAGGGGAAGCAAGAGUUACACGCUGAAAUCUUUAAGCGAUUUGCUUUUCAAAAUCGGAAAAUCUUUCAUUUUGAAAAACUCAGCAAUGAAUUCGGAUAUGGAAAAACUCUAUGACUGCGUUCAGUGUUUUUGUCGACAUGUUGGCCAUAUGUUUGCGUCAUCUCCAUCUUAUUAUAGUAUUGUCGAGAUAUUGAACGGUCGAGACGAUUUAACAGAGUUAAUCGAAGGUGUUGCAACGCCACUAACCCUGGUGGAUUCACUUUCACUUCGUGACAAUUGGGCAUAUAUUGAAAAUUUCGAAUCUGUCGAACAGCUUACACAUCAUGUCAAUUCACUUUAUGAGCAGCAGCGCAGACUUAUAAUAACUUUACGGAAAUUGAAUGAAGCCCGAUCCAUUGACGAAAUGUGUUUGUGUGGUAGUGCGAAGGACGAGAAUGAUUCUGUCAUUAGUUGCCUGCUUUGUCAUGCUAAAUUUCACUCAAGUUGCGUGCAAUGGAAUCCCUUCAUGUCACAGCUUCCGGUGGGCUAUUAUCUUUGUGUUCGAUGCUUACGUAGCCGUCGUCCUCUUGUUGAAGAUGUAAAGGGUGCCUGUGGGACUGCUUUACCAUCUUUGGAACGUAUGUUGGUUGAAACCGCUCUGAAACAUGCUGAAUUGGCCUAUGCAGAAGCACUGGAUGUUAUUGGCAAACUACCACCUCUUGGUACUCCUCUUGACGCGGAACUAUGUAAAAGUGUUGAUGAGUCUCUGAUUGCGGUUUUCUGUAACGAGAUAAUGAAUUCGGAAGCAUGGAAAUUGAUUACUGAUGCACUCAUUCGAGUGAAGCCGCCUGCUGAAAAAGGCAAAGAGAUUUAUGAGCAGAUUAGACAACGACCAGUUUCGACACAAGUUCCGAGUGUUUUGUUUCCUGACAAUAAUGGUAGUAAAAGACGUCGAGGUCUGAAGCGAAGUAUAUUAGGAAAGGGCAAAUUCAUGGCGGGACAUCGAAAACGUUCGAAGAACGAUUUUCAUCAAGAACAGGACGUCUGCUCUGCUACCACCUGCUUGAAGCCUUACAGUGAUCACAUUCGCUGGAUUCAAUGUGAAGCGGGUUGUUCACGAUGGUAUCAUUAUGUUUGUGUGGGGCAAACGGUGAACCAAGUGGACCAGACAUCAUUGUAUUGUUGCCACCGCUGCUUGGCAGAUGGCAAAAUUCCACCAGUGUGUUCAUUCUCCGGUCCAGCUACUUCAUUUUCUCCUUAAGUGUCAGUC